AUGCGCAUGGCUUGCCAACGGUUGCUGAGCACGCUACUCUUGCGCCUGCGCUCUGCCUCGAGGCGGGGGCUCCCUAGGCGAGAAACGCAUAAACCCAUGGCGCAUGCGUACCCGCGACUGCUGCUUCUUCGACGCCCGGGGCUUCCUGAUUCUGGCGGGAAAGGCACCGGCUCCGAGCUUCCGCCAGUUGUCGAAGCCCAAACUGGGCGGCAGGGGAAACAGCGGCUGUCGUCUGCCCCCGAGCCCGCCUGCCCCUUCCCCUCUCUAGAGGCUCGGAAGCGGGGGUCCAUGGAUAUUGUGCAGAGCCAGGGGGCCAACACCCCCAGACCCGCCAGCCUGACACCAGAAAUGGUGCUUUGGGAUCCACCUGAGGACUGGGGGCUUGCCCUGGAGGAGCAGGUGCUCAACUCCACUUUUGAAGCUUGUGACUCAGAAAAGAAAGGUGUGGUAGCUGUGGGUCAGGUUCUGGCGUACCUGGAAGCAGUGACAGGACGGGGUCCCCAGGACAGCAAUCUGUGCAGCCUGGCCCAGGCCCUGGACCCUUACGGGGAGGGCCCCGGUGCCAUUGUAGACCGGGCCACUUUCUUCAGCAUCAUGCAGGACUGGAUUGCCACUUGCCAGCUGGGGCCGGGAUUAGAGCGAGAGGAGGAGGCAGCCUCGGAAUCCAGCCUCCUGCCAUCUGGUGAGGACUCUAUUUAUAACCCUGCCCAACUGGAGAGCUUUGGAGGCGAGGAACAUGGGCCUGAACUGCCAGCCCCAGCCGAACUGCUCAGCAGCCUGGAGGAGCUGGAACUCAGCAACCGGAGGCUAGCCGGUGAGAAUGCCAAGCUACAGAGAAGUGUGGAGACGGCUGAUGAGGGAGCCCUGCGCAUGGGGGAGGAGCUGGCCUCCCUUCGAAAGCAGCUCCGCAGUUCCCAGCAGGCUUUGCAGUUUGCCAAGGCUGUGGAUGAGGAACUGGAAGAUAUGAAGAGUUUGGCCAAGAACCUGGAGGAGAAGAACCGAAGCCUCGUGGUCCAGGCCCGGCAGACGGAAAGAGAACAGCAGCAGCUGGUGGCCGAGGUGGAGACCCUGCAGGAAGAGAAUGGGAAGUUGCUGGCCGAGAGGGAUGGUGUGAGGAAGAGGAGUGAGGAGCUGGCCGUGGAGAAGGAGGCCUUGAGGCGUCAGCUGUGUGAGUAUGAGAGCCUCAUUUGCCAUCGAGACACUAUCCUGUCUGAGCGGACAAAUCGGACAGAGAAUCUGACUGAGGCCUUGGAGGAGUAUAGGGCUACGAUCCAGGAGCUGAAGCAGAAAAUCUCCCACCUGGAGGAGCAGCUGAGUCAGAGCCGGGAGGGGCCUGAGGGGUUUCAAGAAGAGACCCAAGAACUAGGCAACGGAUGGAUAAAGCUGCAUCCCCAGUCACUGUGCUUGGAGAUCGAGGCCAUUCAGCAGAGACAAGAGGUGGGUGCAGGCCUUCUCAACCCUCUGUGUGGUUCCCAGCCAUGGGAAGAGCCCCUGGAUGGAACAGGAGGAGCAGGGGUCCUUGGUAAAUCCCUAGCUGAGGAGUUGAUGACUGCCCAAGAGAAGCCAAGUGAAUCACUCGGCAGCUGGGAGGAGAAUUCCUGGUCACUGGGAGACAAGGGCAGCUGUGGACAGUGGGACCUUCAAAGAACUAGCAAGAAGGGGACGAGGCCCCAAGAUGUGGCUGGAGAGCCAACUACCUUCAGGAGCCCCCAGCCUGGAGAUGGGCCAUGCCCUGAUUCUGAGAGUAGCCCCUGUGAUCCAGCCCCGCAUCAGGCCUUGAAGCCUGGAAUGAGCCAACUGGUUCCAGCUGGGAAGAUGAGCUGGGACCAGAUGUAUCCCACCCCCUUAGCUGCCCAGAGACUCAGGACCCCCAGCCUCCCUACGGCCCAGCCACCCAUCCUGGGCCUUCUGUUAUUGCUGCUGCUACUCUCUGCCCUAGUCCUGGCCUCCUCCCGGCCUCUGGCCUGGCCCCACCUCCAACUGCAUUACCUCCAGUCCCCACCAGUGUGA